CAGCUCCCUUCAGUUAGUGGAGGACCGACGUCAGUGUUUGUGCUGCUCCGGGAAGAUGGCGGAGGCUGCGGCUGUUCCCUCGCAUCGGUUUUUCUGUCACUGUUGUAAGGGAGAAGUAAAUCCCAAACUCCCGGAAUACAUCUGUCCAAGAUGUGAUUCAGGUUUCAUAGAGGAAGUAACAGAGGAUUCCAGUCUUCUAGACGGAGGUGCAAAUGGAAUAGAUGACACAGCCACACAGUUUGCAGAGCUGUGGCACCUCCUGUUAUUGGAGAGGCCGUUUACAACAGACAGUGACACUCCUGACUCUGAGCCUCGGCUCCCCGGCAGUCGUUUGGGGAGUUUUGGGGACUUCGGAGGACUGGGAGGUGGACCGAUCGGGGGAUCAGUUCCAGCCGGCCUCGGGGGGCAGAUGGGCGGCCUGUUAGGAGCCAACGAACACUUUGGACCCGGCCGCCCACCUCGCCUGCACAGCCAGAGGAGAUACCGGUUCAGAGGCAGCAGCAGACCAGAGCGCUCACCUGCUGUGGAGGGGAUUGUACAACAGUUUCUUGCUGGUCUUUUUGCCAACUCUGGAGUGCCUGGCUCACCUCCCCUGUCAUGGACAGGGAUGCUGCACUCCAACCCCGGGGAUUACGCAUGGGGGCAAGGAGGGUUAGAUGCAGUGAUAACACAGUUACUAGGUCAGCUGGAGAACACAGGACCUCCUCCAGCUGAGAAAGAAAAAAUCUCUUCACUCCCAACUGUCAAUAUAUCUCAGGAACAAGCAGAUUGCUGUAUGGAGUGUCCAGUGUGCAAAGAGGACUUCACGGUGGGAGAGCCUGUCAGAAAACUACCCUGCAAUCACUUCUUUCAUUCAGACUGUAUAGUACCAUGGCUGGAAAUGCACGACACGUGUCCGGUGUGUAGGAUGAGUUUGAGUGGAGAAGACAGCAGCCAGCCCCAGUCAGAGUCCCCGUCGCUCCCCACGGACCCCCGCACACAGGAGAGAUGGUCUUUCUGAGACAGCCGUCCCACCAACAUGCUCCUCACUUCCCUUUUGUUCAUCUCUUUCAAUCAUUUCACUCUGACCUUUUUGUACUUUUUAUUUUCUAUUUUUAAUGCUCUCCUCAAGUCAUGUUCUUUACAGAUGUCUUAAUAAUGCAUUACGGUUCGUCGAAUCCCUUUUGACGAACCCACUUAGCUCAUUUUAUCUGUUUCUACCGCUAAAUCAAACCACAACUUUGUUUAAAUAUACAACGCUCAUCACUAUGAGUAAAGAAAAAAGCCAGAUUUGAUAUCAAACAGCAUGAACUGUCUUCACACACAUCUAAUGAAGCCUGCAGCUGAGCCUCGACCGGUGGGACGAUUCCACAACACCUCACGCUCAAACUGAACUCGGUGAUGUGCUUUGUUUCAUUUAAAAAAAAAAAAAAGUUCCAGUUUCUGUAUCGACAACACUUUUGACUCUUUGAUAUUUGGGAAGAAAUGACAGGAAGGGAGUCGUUGAAACCUUCCAGAACGUUCCAAAUCCGCACCAGCGAGGGGGCGAAAUCCUUCCUCCUCUUAUCUGAUCUCAUCCGAUCUUUCAAGUUCCACCGCUCCCACUUUUUCUAGUGUAUAUAUUACGAAGAGAUGGCAUUCCUCUGUCAUUUUAUUCUUCAGUUUGACCUCAACUUCACAUUUUUAUCACUUAACCUUUUUGAUGUAAAUAAUUUUAGUCCAGCCAAUUUAAGGUUUGCAGAGUAAAGAAACAAAGUGGAGAACGGAGAUGCAAAUGUGAAAUACCUGGUUAUCGAGCUGUAUAUUAUAUAUAUGAAAAAUGUCUAUGAUGUUAAUAAAUUGACAAACUAAUGGUUUA